AUGGAGUCAGUGAGGAAAACGUUCUUCGACCCUUUGGCUACAACCAAAGCCCAGAUUCGAGGAAUCCUAGCAGAACUCCCCGUUGGCUCUGCACACCCUUACAGCCCCGAGAGCAUUCUUCUGUGUCGGACGGACCACGGCAUUGAUGAAAUCGACAUCUCAUUCUAUCCAGCAGACUAUUUCUUCAAUGCCGUCGAUUUGGGAGAGAUGGGCGAGGUGCUUUCGAGGCGAAUGGCCAACUUCGCGUCUAAUCUGGAACCACUCAAAGAUUUUCAAAUUCAGCAAGCUCCAGCCUCAACUUUCAGAGUGCCGAUAGUGUCAGGCCAAAUCACCAUCUUAGCGGUCUCUGAACGAAACCCAACUUAUUGGGAUUUGUGCUUCGCCAAUGCAGCGUACACUGUGAGCGAUUGGUCUCGACUGAGUACAUUACCUGGUAUAGACCAUAGUGGUGACAAGAAUUAUGGUAGCGAUCUGUUGCAUCACGCAACCAUCAGCAAGCAGUCUCUUCCAGAGGAAGAGAUCUGCGUUUUCAUAUCUGGUUAUCAGUCCACACAGAUCACAAGAUUCCUGGGAACACAUCCUGCAAUGCUUGUUGCUAAUCAUGCAGAUAAGGUUCUGUAUAUCGUCCCUGUGCCGUUGGACGCGGCGACAAUAGGAGAUGCAGUCGUCUGUUGCCCUUUGGUAAUAAAGCGAGAUGGAGACUCGCUCGUCUGUUCAAUACUGGCAAGUGCGACAACAGAUCGAAAAGCGAUACACCGUGGUCAGCCGAGCCCUGUUAUUUCAGAGGCGAUACAACGUGCGGAAUUCACAAUUUCCCAGCCAAACGCUGCUACACGAGAACCAAAGAAAAUAUUAGUCAAAAAACACACGACCUUGGAUUCAGAAAGCUUUCGCCAGAUUACCGCCAAAGAAAAUGUUGUCAUCGCCACAAAUUCCGCUACCCUGCCCUCGCUGUUAUCUUUAGAGAAUACCCAAAUUAUUAGAUUUGGUACAGGCAUUUCUUUUGAGCUGCAAAAUGGACUGCGAAACUCUGACACACAACAAUCUACUGUUGUUUUGCCAUGCAUCUAUGGUUCGCAACUCCAAGGCCCAGUUCUAUUAGCGACCGGAACCACUCCCUCGAAUGUUCCAUUUCUUGAUGAAAUUGCUCUUCGGGAUUACUACAAACAACUCAACGAUAUUGUGGUAAUUGUUGACGACCGAAUGACCGAUAAUGCCCGAAACCUCGCACCUUCUUACAGAAUCAAUGCACUCUUUAUCCUGCAACUCAAUCCAGAAAACGAGCCGAAGAGUACCGAAGAUAUCUUGGAGUUGAUGAAUUCAGCCAACAUAAAUGCGGUGACAGCACUAGCAGGCCCGCAAUCCUUAGUUUUGGUCCAAAUAUUCGACAAAUACUACUUCUAUCGAGGCCUUGCUAACCGGGCACGCCUCAACUCGUCUGGACUUGCGUUUGGUUCGGAUGUAACAUCUCUGCUCGAGUCUUUGGGCACUACAAAAUUGCUCAUAGAUCCAAGAGUAAUGCGGAUAGUCGAUCUUGACGAAGAUUCGAAUACUAUAAUCCUCCCAACUUCAGGGGAUUUUGUUCGGCCACAAGAUCUCCAGAGGAUUUUCGAAGAGCUUCCGAUCGAAAAGGUACACAGCAUAGAAGAAGACAUCACUGCAGCAGUUGUACAACUUCAGUCGCUUUUGAGUCAAAAAGACCUACAAGAACUCUCAACGGCCUUGGUCUCUACUCUCUCCGCAAAGAUAAACGACGUGACGGCUCCAUUGCGGGACAUGUAUCUUACGUUCCUGGCCCGAGAAUACAACGUAGAAGAUACUGAAUCGGUGAAAAGAAAAAAUUCCUUGUUGGGAAAUCUAAGAAAAACCACAAAGGAGCUACAAAAGGCCCUUGAGCCGGUGAUUUCAAGCCUGGCCAAUAUGAUGUCUUCUCAGACGACUUCGAAGCGAACUCACGAUAUCAAGCGACUUGUUCGCCAGGCUCAGAUCCAGGGGAACGUUGAGGCCGCGAAAACUAUGACUUUCGACACACUGGCAGGUUAUCUUGAAACUUAUGCCGCGGAUAUGGGAGUCAUGCUGCUGAACAUUGACACCGUACCGUAUCGCCAACUCUUGGGGAACUUGAAAAAUACAACCAUUGAUGCUAGCAAAUGUUGUGAACUUGAUUCGAGGGUUCUUUAUCUCGAGGGUUUCGAUGCUGGCAUAAUCAUCGAGCAGUCACAGAACAAACACAACGGCCCUCUCAGAAGCCAGAAUGGACACUCAUCCCAACCAAUUUUGGCUGUACCGUAUCUAAAUCAAGGUAGAGGGUACGACGGAUCAAUGCUAGCUUGGGUCUGCUGGGAUGAAUUUGUCAACCUCGAAAAUCCUUACACUGUGAGAUGGAUGGAGAAGUGCAAUGAAGCACAUAUUGCCGCGCUAAGAAUUAUCAUGAGAAGCACUCUCAGUCAAGCAGUUGCAUCUAGAGAGCACAACCUUCAACCAGCCAGCUCGGAGACCGGCCAGCUUAUGAGCGCAUUGUUAAUGGCGGCUAUGUCUAAACUCGCGGCAAUGAGGACCACCGCGCCAAUUGUUGUGUCGGGCCAGGCAGAAGAUACUAUCACAAGAUUAAUGCGAGGACUAUUUGGAAAUUUCUUGACAAUAGCUGGCUCCGGGGUGCGUCCUCUGAGCAUGGUCUGGCAAUUAUUUGGGUCAAAUCCACAAUACGACAUUCCCACGAGCCAUACUGAUUGGGUCUGGUACGAAACAGCUGUCGCUUUAUAUCCUUAUACAGGUUGGCCUCUAAGGCAAUUCCUAGAAAAUCUGGAGAAGCUUCUUGAUAAAGCAAUAAUACGUGUCGUUACGAAGAAUGAGGACAUGGCCGCAAUCAAGAAAAGUCGCACAGAGGAAAUGAUCAGAUAUUGCAAGCUACGAAACAUACAGCUUGCCCAUUGUCGCACCAUCAUUACCAUUUUCAUGCAAAUGUUCACAACAGAGAAACUUGACGUCGUGGCCGCUGCAGCACGGCUAUUGGAACAGCUUCCACGAAAGUUGGAGAAACAGACUCAAAGCUACAAGAGAAUGAUCAAUUACCUCGAGCAUCUAGCCAACGGAGGCCAACCGCGUGUCAACGAUAAUAUUAUCGCCGCCUGUGUUUACACCAAGCGCUCAGCUGCCUUUAGCGAGCUCAAGACUAAAAUUUCCGAAGCAUGUGUGAGCGAGGACUGGUUGAAGGUGAAGCAGUCUUGUCAAGCACUAAUAGACAAACAUACCGAAACUGCUACUCUUUGGCGCAUUCCUCCUGAAUCUUUGCAUAUUCAAAACAUGAAGGUGUAUAAAGAAGCUUUGGAUACAGACGUCAAUACUGGCCAAGAAAAUAUUGCCAAAUUGGCUGGACAGAUUAUCGGCGACGCGGAAAAAAAUCGUGUUCCUUGGCAAGUUGGAAAGGCCGGUCAGUUCGGUGACAACAUUGAGCAUCUGAACGAGGCUUUUCUUCAUGAAAUUCUGACUGGAGAAAAACUGGAGUCUAUCACAACAACUAAAUUAGAUAUUACAAUGACCACAUCUAUCAGCGAAAGAAACAUUGACGAAGAAUUCGCCGAAUUUGGAGUGACGGUGCAGCCUAGCUUCAUUUCUACAAUGCAGAAAGACCUAUCGGCUGAAGACGUCUGCACUAUUAUUCAGGUUCCUGUGUCGACAAUGCGUAUUUUUAUUAAGGCUCUGAACCCAGACUUUGCCUGGGAAGAUCUGGGGCGCAAUUUCAAGACGGUCAUCUUAGGGUUGUUGAGAGAGCGUUCAAAUAGAGCGGAAAGCCGCCCAGUAAAGAAAUUGUUGGCUUUGGGGGUUGAGAAUAAGGCAUUGCAGAUACAGAGCUGGAAUUGA